UUUGUCACACGGCAGUUUCGCAUGGUCGCACCGUGCAACUGAAAAAAGCACCACCGGCUUUGUGCGGCUCAGCCCAGACGCUUAUAUUUGACUCGCAGGAUCCCCUGAAGGCAACGAUUUCUCUCUUUCUUCCCAAACGACCAUCAAAGUUCAUCACAAUGCUCGUCGAGAUUGUCACUCUAAUAGUCAUGUCGGUGGCCCUGCCACUAUGGCAGUGGUAUCAGCCUCUUUCCCACGCCUCUUCCUCCAUACCAUCUGCCCCAUCCACCACCGACUCCAUCUCACACCAACAAAAGGCCCAGCUCCACGAAGUCGCGUAUCUGAUGUCAGAAAUCUAUCAGACCCUCGUCGAAAUGCGAUACCUCGAUCCAGCCGGCGUCCAUACGGGACCACACAACCUCACAGUACUCGAACCUGAGUUCGAAGAGUUGCAGAUCGACCCCGCCGUUCAAUAUCUCUACAGCAUCCUACCAUACGUCGACACGGAAGCCGCCGGCAACCGCGGCUUCUUGCACGGCGGCGAGUUCACCGACUUCCGCGACGUCGACCAGGUGGAACAAGGCCGCGAUCCCUUCUAUGGGUCGCCCAGUGAUCCAUAUUUCGAGGACGAAGACGGACCGUACAUGCGCCCGUGGGUCACACCACUCACCCAACUUGGAAAUCACGGAAGUGUGAUUGUCUACGACGCGCGCCGUCACUUCAUCUGGAUAAUCGAUCAGGAGGGCUGGUCAACGACCGACUUGGCGCUACAGGAGGUUGAGGAGCGGGAACCCAUGUCGGCGAACCGAAACAGCUUCGAGCAUAUUCCACAUCGCCCGGCCGGGGAUGUGCUUCGGGAUAUUGUGCGGUGGUAUCAUGCACUCGAUGAAGUUCCCAACGGAGGGGAUGGUUGGGAUGAGUGGUCGGCGUUGGAAGAAGCACAGGUGCGUGGCUUGUACCAGAAGAACGGAUGGCCGGAUGCUUUCGAUGGGGAAGCGUUUGAGGUCGACCUCGUGAGGGCAAUCGCUGCCUUUGUAGUGGAAAGCUUUGCGACUGAACCGCUUGACGGGCUGCGGCACUACAAGGAUUCCAUCGAUGAUGGCUAUCGCUUCCUCGCGGAGGCGGAAGAGAAGCUGCGAUUAGCUCGAACCCAAGAAGAAGAGUGGGAUGCGCGCUGGCGCAUGUUGCUCGCGGAAUGGCAAUACCGGCGCGGCGAGGCGUUCUUGGUAAUGGCUGAACAGAACGCUAACAGAAUGUCUCCGGGGAGCGUGUGCCUACAGCCGCAGGGUCGUCCGCUGUGGGAGGUGCAGUUCUUGCACGAAGAGGUCGAGCAGAAGAAGACGCAAUUGGCGGAGGCGGAGCAAGAGUGGUCGGGUGCGUCUGGAAACCAACAUGUCCUGGGCAUUGAUGUCGCGCAGUGGAAUAAGGAACAACACCUUGCGAAACAGAGACUGGCCAUCUACCAGAAAGCGCUCGAGGCAGCACAUUCGGAUGCAGAGCGGCUGUGCCCCGGCCAGACCUUCCAGUCGAAUACUGGGUUAGAGAGGCUUCGAUGGCCCUACGACUGGAAUCGAGAUAUCCAGGCUGAGCACGACUUCACCGUUCAAGGGCUCGAGAGCGCAAGGAGUUUGUUGGCCCAAAUCCCCGAUGAAGUAGAAAGUGUUCGAUUCAAGGUUAUGGAUUACAUUCGGAACACUGAAGCCUGGCUCGAGUACUCGGAUUCGCAAGCGAACGAGACGCAGGAAUAGUUGCUCGUCUUACUGGUUGACUUGCUCACUAUUUGCUUUGCUCUGACAACACUGACUCUUGUGUAGAGGCUUAGCUUUCGACCGCCAGUAUGGUAUCGUUUCGUACUAUUGCGAUAAUGAUUUAAUUGGAUAAUAAUUUUC